UUUUUAGGUUGAGUUGGUACAAGAUAGUUCGUGGUUUCAGUUGGAUAUGUGCGUUUAGUAGGAUAUUGAGAUCUGAGUUAGGCUAAUAUUUUGAGUUAAUUUGGUAUACAACCUAGCUCGCUCUGCUGCUGCUCCUGCCCCUGCUCUAUAAAUAGCUAGAGGACCUCACCUCUCUCGACACCAGUUAAGCAAAGCAAUUAAGCAAGCUCUGCUUGUUACUCCUACUUGCUUGUUAGUGACGAGCUAGCGAGGAGCAGAGGAGAGGAGAGGAGAAUGUGCGGCAUACUGGCUGUGCUGGGCUGCGGCGACGACGGCAAGAGGCGCGGCCGCGUGCUGGAGCUCUCGCGCAGGCUCAAGCACCGAGGCCCCGACUGGAGCGGCCUGCGCCAGGUGGGGGACUGCUACCUCUCCCACCAGCGCCUCGCCAUCAUCGACCCGGCCUCCGGCGACCAGCCCCUCUACAACGAGGACCGCUCCGUCGUCGUCGCCGUGAACGGCGAGAUCUACAACCACCAACAGCUCAGGAAGCAGCUCUCCGCCGCACACAAGUUCAGGACCGGCAGUGACUGCGAGGUCAUCGCCCACCUCUACGAGGAGCAUGGCGAAGGGUUCGUGGACAUGCUGGACGGCGUCUUCUCCUUCGUCUUGCUCGACACCCGCGACCGUACCUUCAUCGCUGCGCGCGACGCCAUCGGUGUCACGCCCCUCUACAUCGGAUGGGGAAUCGAUGGGUCGGUGUGGAUAUCGUCGGAGAUGAAGGGGCUCAACGACGAGUGCGAGCACUUUGAGAUCUUCCCUCCUGGCCAUCUCUACUCCAGCAACACCGGCGGCUUCAGGAGAUGGUACAACCCUCCCUGGUUCUCCGAGGCCAUCCCCUCCGUUCCCUACCAUCCGCUCGCUCUCAGGAAGGCCUUCGAAAAGGCCGUGAUCAAGAGGCUUAUGACUGAUGUCCCGUUCGGUGUCCUGCUCUCUGGUGGCCUCGACUCGUCAUUGGUCGCAGCUGUGACAGUUCGCCACUUGGCAGGCACAGAGGCUGCAAAGCGCUGGGGCAAUAAGCUGCACUCCUUCUGUGUUGGCCUUGAGGGGGCACCUGAUCUGAAGGCUGCCAAGGAGGUGGCAGAUUACCUGGGCACCGUGCACCAUGAGUUCCACUUCUCUGUUCAGGACGGCAUUGAUGCGAUUGAAGAUGUGAUAUAUCACACUGAAACAUACGACGUGACCACGAUCAGGGCAAGCACACCGAUGUUCCUGAUGUCGCGCAAGAUCAAGGCGCUUGGGGUCAAGAUGGUCAUCUCCGGUGAGGGCUCAGAUGAGAUCUUCGGAGGGUACCUCUACUUCCACAAGGCCCCCAACAAAGAGGAGUUCCACCGCGAAACCUGCCAGAAGAUUAAAGCUCUGCAUCAGUACGAUUGCUUGAGAGCCAACAAGGCAACUUCUGCUUGGGGUCUGGAGGCUCGUGUGCCGUUCCUGGACAAGGAGUUUAUCAAUGAGGCAAUGAGCAUUGAUCCUGAGUGGAAGAUGGUCCGGCCUGAUCUUGGGAGGAUUGAGAAGUGGAUACUUAGGAAAGCAUUUGACGAUGAGGAGCAACCAUUCCUGCCAAAGCAUAUCCUGUACAGACAGAAGGAGCAGUUCAGUGAUGGUGUUGGCUAUAGCUGGAUCGAUGGCCUAAAGGCUCAUGCAGCAUCAAAUGUGACUGACAAGAUGAUGUCGAAUGCAAAGUUCAUCUUCCCGCACAACACUCCGACGACAAAAGAGGCCUAUUACUACAGGAUGAUCUUUGAGAGAUUCUUCCCUCAAAACUCGGCAAUGUUGACGGUGGCAGGGGGACCAAGCGUGGCGUGCAGCACGGCGAAGGCGAUCCAGUGGGACGCGCAGUGGUCGGGGAACCUUGAUCCCUCGGGGAGGGCAGCGCUUGGAGUUCAUCUCUCCGCCUACGAAUCAGAAUCUGAUGAGAAGCAUCUCCCGGCAACCAUGGCUGCAGGAGCCAACGGCAGCAAGAAGCCGAGGACGAUCAAGGUGUCAGCGCCGCCUGGCGUUGCCAUCGAGGGCUGAUCGAUAUUAUUAUGCUGCCCUCCUUAAUAUUAUGCAACAAAUAAUUAGUGAAGCUGCGAUUUGCUAGGAAGCAUGCGCGUUGUAAUUAACAAGUCGUGUAAUUCUGAAUCUAUUGGAUGACGAGCGAGGAAGCAGCUGGAGAUACCUGCGUGAGUGCGUUAAUUUUUGCAAUAAGAAGGGUGUCAUGUCCUGGACUCUAAUCCUUUUUGUGGCAAAAUCAUGUACAUUCUGGCCUCGACCUUUC